UAAACCCACUGUAGAACUCAUAUAUAUAUAUAUAUAGACAUAACUAUAUACUAGUAAUAUGGCUUUACAUCAAGCAUUAGCUGCCUUAUCAUUGGCCACUGUGUCUGCUGAAAAUGCAGAAGCAACCAAGACUUUAAUUUUUAAACCAAAAACUGCAAAGACUGCUACUCCAAUCCCAGUUGUAGUACUUGCAUUACAAUCUACUCAAACUCCUUCUGGAGCUAUAGCUAAAGCUGCAGGAGUUAAAGAACCAAGAUUAGCCAAAGAUGAUUUAAUUCAAGAAUUCUUUAGUACAACUGCUCAAGAAGUUUCCAUUGCUCAAUUUAAUAAGAGUUUAGCCGGAAAGAUAAAAAUCUUAAUUGAUGAAAAUAUCGUUAAUGCUAAAGAUGAUCAAGUAUUAGAAAUUUCUACUGCUACAGAAAAGGCUACUCUUACUGUUGCUCAAGUUAAGGGAUUCUUAAAACAAACUGAAAUUGAAUUAAUUGAGGUUAAUUUUGCUAAUGAAGCUAAUGCAUCUACUGCUCCAACUACUAGUGAAUCUAAAAAAGAUCAAUUAAAGAAGGAAAAGGAAUCUUCUAAAUUAGAAGAUGCAAAAUUAAUUGGUAUUACUGUUGAUAAGGCUAAAGAUUUCUCUUCAUGGUACUCUCAAGUUGUUGUUAAGGGUGAAUUAUUAGAUUAUUAUGAUGUAUCUGGUUGUUAUAUCUUAAGACCAAAUUCUUACUCAGUUUGGGAACAAAUUCAAGAUUGGUUCAAUAUUGAAAUUAAGAAAUUAGGAGUUCAAAAUUCUUAUUUCCCAAUGUUUGUCUCUUCAAGAGUUUUAGAAAAGGAAAAGGAUCAUAUUGAAGGUUUUGCUCCUGAAGUCGCUUGGGUUACCAGAGCUGGUAGUUCUGAAUUAGAAGAACAUAUUGCUAUCAGACCAACUUCUGAAACUGUCAUGUAUCCAUACUAUGCCAAAUGGAUUAGAUCUCACAGAGAUUUACCAUUGAAAUUAAAUCAAUGGAAUUCUGUUGUUAGAUGGGAAUUUAAACAUCCUCAACCAUUCUUAAGAACUAGAGAAUUCUUAUGGCAAGAAGGUCAUACUGCUCAUUUAACUAAAGAAGAAGCUGCUACUGAAGUAAGACAAAUCUUAGAUUUAUAUGCUAGAAUUUAUGAAGAAUUAUUGGCUGUUCCAGUUGUUAAAGGUAAAAAGACUGAAAAUGAAAAAUUCGCUGGUGGUGAUUAUACUACUACUGUUGAAGGUUUUAUUGGAGCUACUGGUAGAGGUAUUCAAGGUGCUACUUCUCAUCAUUUAGGUCAAAACUUUUCUAAGAUGUUCAAUAUUUCUGUUGAAAAUCCAGAAGGUAAUGACAAACCAAGAGUUUUCGCUUAUCAAAAUUCUUGGGGUUUAUCUACUAGAGUUCUUGGUGUUAUGGUUAUGACUCAUUCUGAUAAUAAAGGUUUAGUCUUACCUCCAAGAGUAGCUCAAACUCAAGCUGUUGUUAUCCCAGUUGGUAUUACAAAAAAUUCUACUGAUGAAGAUAGAAAAGCUAUUAAUGAUGGUGCAUCUGAAAUUGAAUCUAGAUUAAAACAAGUUGGUGUUAGAGCUAUAGGUGAUUAUAGAGAUAUUUAUACUCCAGGUUGGAAAUUUGCUGAAUGGGAAUUAAAGGGUGUUCCAUUACGUUUAGAAUUUGGUCCAAAGGAUUUAGCUCAAGGACAAGUUGUUGCUGUUAGACGUGAUGAUGGUUCUAAAUAUGUUGUUAAAUUGACUGAAUUAGAAACUAGAAUUCCAGAAAUAUUAGAAGAAGAACAAGCUGGAUUAUUAGAAAAGGCUCGUAAAGACUUUGAUACUCAUCGUGUAGUUGUUGAAGAUUGGAAAGAUUUUGUUCCAACUUUGAAUGCUAAGAAUGUAAUUCUUUCACCAUGGUGUGGAGUUCCAGAAUGUGAAGAUGAUAUUAAGGAUUCAUCUGCUAAGAAAGAUAAUGGUGAAGAUGAAGAGGUUGAUGAAAAGGCUCCAUCAAUGGGUGCUAAAUCCUUAUGUAUUCCAGAUCAACAACCAACUUUAAAACCAGGUCAAAAAUGUAUUAAAUGUGAUAGAGAUGCUGUUACUUACUGUAUGUUUGGUAGAUCUUACUGAUGUGUACAUAGAUUAUAUUAUAUUUUAUUUAUAUUUUAUUUUAUUUUAUUGUCUAGAACCCUUAUCAAACGAAUAUUUAAU